GUCCUGUUCUUUGAGCCAUUCGUUUUUUUGAAGUUAUUUUUUAUCUUUCUGCCUUUCUUAGAUAGGACAGUCGAAAGAGAGACAUGAAAGUGGGGGAGGAGAAUGUGGAAAGGAGUUACAGCAAAGGGCCACGAGCGGGAUUCAAACCCACAGCCGCUGCAUCGGAGACUACAGCUCCUGUACAUGGGUCGCCAGCUCAACCAGACGGUGUUCCUUUAUGCUGGUGCGGACAGCGCGGCCGCUCUCCCUCAUCAUCUCCCAUCACCUGCAUCCUUCCUGCACCCGUCCUUUGGAGCAGACAUUUCGGUGGGGUGUUGGCAGUGUUGCUGCCGCCAGCAGGGGACCGAGAUCAAUGGACCCUGAGGCUCCCACCACCAACCCUCCGCCCACACCUGCUGAAUUUUCUGCAGAAAGCACGAACCCUGCCGCCACUGACACAACAGGCGGCCAGGAGAAGACACCUCCUGUAGGACUGUUACCUGGAGAGACGGUGGUCAAGGAGGGAAAGGCAGCCAUCUUGUUCCCAAGUGCCAAUGAGGUGUUUUACAACCCAGUCCAGGAGUUUAACAGAGAUUUAACAUGUGCUGUGAUCACAGAGUUUGCUAGAGAUCUGCUGGCUCAGCGCGGAGUGAAGGUGGUGGUGCCGGGGGAAAAAGAGAGGGUGGUGGUCUCUCUGUCAGAGGAGACGAAUGAGGCUGAAGUACAGGCGGAGGAGAAAAAUGGAGCAGAGGAGCCAGCUGUAACUGCGACGGCAGGGGAGAAGUGUGAGCGUGGUCUUCGUGUCCUGGAGGGCCUGGCAGCGUCUGGUCUGCGCUCGGUCCGUUUCGCUCUGGAGGUUCCAGGUCUGCAGAGCGUCACCGCCAAUGACUUCUCCACCAAAGCUGCCGCCCUGAUCGCCAGGAAUGCCCAGUACAAUGGAGUGAGCCAUCUCCUGCAGGCCAGCUGCAGAGACGCCAGUAUGCUGAUGUAUGAAAUGCGAGGGAAGAAGGAGCGCUAUGAUGUCAUCGAUCUGGACCCCUACGGUAGCCCCGCCUCUUUCCUGGAUGCUGCUGUGCAGGCUGUCAGUGAAGGAGGGCUGCUGUGUGUAACAUGUACAGACAUGGCGGUGAUGGCAGGAAACAGUGGAGAAACCUGCUACAGCAAAUACGGUUCAGUCUCCAUCAAAGCCAAAUACUGUCAUGAGAUGGCUCUUCGUAUUAUCCUCCACAGUUUGGAUCAGCGGGCGGGCGUGUAUCAGCGAUACAUUCAGCCACUGCUGUCCGUCAGCGUCGACUUUUACAUUCGGGUCUUUGUACGCGUCUUCACAGGACAGGCUACAGUCAAAAACUCAGCCAGCAAACAGGCCCUGGUGUACAACUGUGUCGGCUGCGGCUCUUUCCACUUCCAGAGAAUGGGCAGGAGAACGAGCAACGGAAAACACAUGAAGUAUUCUGCUGCCACCGGACCUCCAGUAGGACCAGAGUGUGAACACUGUGGACAGAGACACCAGCUGGGUGGUCCCAUCUGGGCAGAGCCCAUCCACGACUUGGCGUUUGUCCAGAAGGUUUUGUCUGGCGUGUCAGGGAACCCUUCCAGAUUUGGGACAUCCAAACGUAUCGAGGGCAUGCUCAGCAUGGUGACUGAGGAGUUGGAAGAUGUGCCUCUUUAUUACACUGUGGACAGUCUGAGCAGCACAAUACACUGUAAUACUCCACCCCUGCUCCAGUUUAGAUCGGCGCUCCUUCAUGCUGGUCACAGGGUUUCCCUCUCUCACGCCUGUAAGAACGCCAUCAAGACAGACGCUCCUCCUGCAGCCAUCUGGGACAUCAUGCGAUGCUGGGAGCAGGCCAACCCUGUGAAGAGGGAGAAACUUUCACCGACGAGCCCCGCGUUCAAGAUCCUCUCCACUAAACCAGGCCUGGAGGCCUGUUUCACUGUAAGGGAAGACGCCAACCCUCAGUCCCGUAAACGCCACCUGACCCGAUUCCAGGAGAAUCCUCAGGCCUUCUGGGGACCCAAAGCUCGUGCCAAAGUUGGUGGUGGCAUCUUAACUGACCUGCAAGACAAGAGGAAGAAGUGUCAGAACAAGAGGAAGAACCAGAUCACAGACUCGUCUCAGCUCAAGAGCUUUCCCUGCAAGAGGUUCAGACAGGGAACAUGUACACAUGGAGAGAAAUGCAGCUACUCCCAUGACCUGGAGCAACCAAAUGAAGAGAAGAUGGAAUGAUUCUACAUCAUCAUUAUUAUGUUCUGUUUCUGUUUUUAAAUAAUUUUAUUUCUGGAGUUUGAAUGGCCCGGUGCAGCCUGGGGUUGGUUAGAGGGUUAGAAUGAUGCACUGCAGUCAGAUUGUAUUAUGUUGAGGACAACAACCUAAAAAACUGUAAAUGUACAAAAUGUUUCCAUUAUUCAUUUGUAUUUCAGAGGUUUUUGAGAUUUUGACUGUAGUCGACUUCUUACACACCAAUAAAGUCCUCAAUAUGAUUUAAAAUA